CUGACCGAAAUUAAAGAUGUCUGCUGAGUGUGGUGAAUGGAAAUCAAAAAUGAGAAAACACUUGGGAAAACCAUUUCAAAAACAUUACGAUAGUUUGAUGAUGGACAUAAUUUUAAUAUGCAUUGGUCUCAAACCAUCUUUGCUCUUCGAUUAUUGCUUUAUCGAUCCCAUAAAGGUUGUACAUCUUCUUGAAGACCUUCAUAAAAGUGGCAUGACAACACUAGUUUUAGACGUAGUUGUUCUGGGACAAGAUUUCUUCAUAACGGAUAUAAAUGUUCUGUUGAAAGCCAUGAACAAAAACCUGAAAUUAAAAAGUUUUUCUUUGAUAGAUGUGACCGGGAAUCUUGAACAACCAAGAGCCGUUACUGAAGAAAUAGAAACAACAGUUUGUAGACAGAUUGGUGACUUGUUAAUUCAACUGGACCAGAAGUCCCAUCUUCCUGGAAUUCCAGAAGAACAUUUUUAUAAUGUCGAUCUCCAAGAAGAAUGGAAUCUUUCUACAAUGUUUGGAUUUCUUCUGUGUUAUCCUGUGAUUUACUGGUUUGACAGUAAAUACCAAUCCAAUUGUCUUUCACUUGUACCACUUCUCUUGCACAGGGCCUACCUCAAACUCCCUUUACACGUCAACUAUGACUUGUUUAAGACAUUUGAAGAAUUUGCAAAUAAGUUGCUUAAGAAAGCAAACCCCAGAGACUUGAAGAUAUUGUACUCCUUCUCAUUUCCGGAGCAACUUAAUUCGGUCGUCGAAAUACAUGUUCAAAAUUGGAUAAAAUAUGUGCAGAAAAAAUCCUUGGCUGUAGAACUUGGUGUCAAUGAUCCAGUCGUUUUUGAUAGAACACACGUAGUUGAAAAGGAAAUCAUUUUGUAAAAAGAGAAAAGAAAAUGAGCUGGUGAUCAAAACGCAUGACAUUUACUUGAUGGAAUUAUUACCAAACCAAGUCUUAAUAUUUCGUUCUCCCUUAGAGGGAUUAACUAAAAGAAUGGUUUAAAAAAACCCUCGAAUUCCUGGUAAAACUUUUGUAAUAAUCACCCCCCUUCUAAAAUUCCUAGAUCCGCCCUGGGGGGGAGUCAAAAUACUAUCCCAUUCUGUGCAAUAUUGAUAAUCAGUUCAUUCUGAGUUCAUUUUUUGGUGUUCAGUACAUCAAAAGGCUUGGAGUUACAGAAAAUGUAUUUAUAAAUUAUUUUUUAAAAAAUUUACUUAAACUUCUUCAAGAUUCUGUCAUCCUGUUUAUUGUUUCAUUUAUAUUUGGAUAUCAAAUGUGGUAUUUUCAACAUUGUUCAGCCUUUAGCACAAUUUAAUAGUGUGGYUUCAUCUUCUGGUUACUCCACAAACAGGAAAAUAAUAUAUUAAGGUAUGUAAAAGAAGAGAAUUGUUAAAUACCAACUGUCAAAGGCCAUUUUUCUCAUACUCUAAUAUUGGACAAGAGGGUAUCACAUGAACUUGAGCAAGUUUCAAUGUUUCCCUGGCAAUGCCACACCUCUCAGCGGGCAACAAUAUCCAGUAAUAAUAAUUACAUGUAUACCAGAAGUGGUUUCUCCAGAAAUCCAAGUUUUUGAAAAUCAAAUAAUYAAAAAUUUGCUUGAAUUGUGUUCUUUAAAACUCAGUAUAUUAAAAACACUUAUUAUCUUGAA